AAGCUUUUGAGCUCUCUUCACCAAACCCUAGCCGUUUUUCACUUUCUUCUUAUGGUAUCAGAGCCUGGUUACCCAUAACCAGUGCUCGUUUUGCUUCCAAUUUGCUAGAAUUACCACCUAGCCUUCUACAUUCUUUGCAAUGUCCACUCAAGCUACUGGAUCUGCAGGAGGUCAGGGAGAUGAGACCGCCUCAGAGAACAACAAUACCCAACAGGGAAAUCAACAAUCUAUGGUGCCGAGGUAUGAAGAUCCAUACCUGAACCCUUACUACCUUCCAGCACAUGAUGGAGGUCUGACCACCAUCAUCACAAUGAAGCUCACAGAUCAGAACUACAACUUAUGGAGUCGGGUAAUGGAACUGGCUCUCAACACCAAGAACAAACUUCAAUUCGUGAAUGGAAUGAUACCAGUUCCUGAAGUAGGAGAUCCCAUUUGGCCAUCUUGGCAUAGGUGCGAUAGCACAGUUAGAUGCUGGAUCUACAACUCUUUGUCAGAUGACAUUGCAAACAGUGUAGUGCCCUAUAGGGUUGCUAAAGAUGUUUGGGAUAAUCUGAAGGAAAGGUUUAGUCAGGCUGAUUUCAUCAGAGUAUAUGAAUUGAAAGAACAGGUGUCAAAACUGGUGCAGGGAGAUCAAAGUGUGACACAGUAUUAUACAGCCUUAACCACAAAGUGGCAGGAGUAUAACAUGCAUAGACCCAUUCCUUGUUGCCCUUGUCCUAAUAGCCCAUACUACACAAUCCAGAAGUACCAUGAAGAAGAUCUGAUCGUUAAGUUUAUGCAAGGACUUAAUGACACUUACCAAGCAGCAAGAACACAGGUUCUCAUGAAUGCACAGCUUCCUAGCAUUGAAUCUGUGUUCAAACAGAUGGUACAACUGGAGAGACAGAUGAAAGGGUUAAACCCAAACAAAGGAAGAGUGGAAUCAAUUGCUUUGCUGGCAGCUGGAAACCAGUCAAAGCAGCCAAAGGGUCAAGGAUCAAGGAAUCCAAGAGACUACACAACUGAGGGAAAGAAAUGGUGUAGGUACUGCAAGAAGGAGAACCACACUAUUCAAGAGUGUUAUAGACUGAAGAAUAAGCAGUCUAGAGAGGAAGGAGUACCUUUUGCUGGUUCUGUUGACAGCCAUUUGAGUGACACAGGAGGAUCUAAUACAGGUUCAGGAGGGAGAUCAGAGGGAGAAGUGAACCUUUCAACACUUUUAACAGCAGAUCAGCUUGAUAAACUGAGGGCCAUGCUGAUAAAGUCACCAUCUCCUUCACCCUCACCACCAAGCUCCCCACAUGUGCAACACAAUGCUGCUAUGGUGAUGAGGGCUCCUUCUGUGAAUCAGCCAGCUGCAAAUUUGAUCACAAGAUCCACACCUCCUGCUUCACACUUUGCUGCAAGUUCUUCAGGUAACAAGACUUUACCUAGUAACUCAGAAUUUCUUCAUAGAAGAGUUUGGAUUUUGGAUACUGGAGCCACAUAUCACAUAACUUGUGAUAAGAGUUUCUUCAUCAAAAGUAAACCUAUUGACAAGGUUUACAUUAGCCUGCCAAAUGGGCAAAGAGUUCAAGCAACUUACAUUGGAAUCAUUACUUUACCUUGUGGACUCUUUCUCACUCAAGUUCUUUUUGUUCCUUCCUUUACUUACAACUUGGUUUCUGUAAGUAAACUUACCACCAAUCAUCCAGUUUCCUUAGUUUUUAAAUCCAAUUUUUGUGUCAUUCAGGACCUUAUUACUCGGAGGAGGAUUGGUUUAGCCCAAGUGGAUAGAGGUCUUUACCUGUUUACAGAGUCCAAAGGUCAGGAAUUUGCCACCCAUAGAGACCAACAAAGUUUUGCAGCAGGAGUUUUCAAUUUUCACAGUCAAGAUUUCAAUAUCUGGCAUGCCAGAUUAGGACACCCUUCUUUGUCUAGAAUGAAAGAGAUUAAGCAAACAUGUAAUGAUGUUGUUUUACCUUUGACACAGCACUGUGAAGUUUGUCAUUUGGCUAAACAAAAGAGGCUUCCUUUCCCUCUUAGUAGUUCUGUUUCUUGUCAAAUGUUUGAACUCAUUCACACAGAUAUUUGGGGGCCACUUAAUUGCAUUUCAAGAGAUGGUUAUUCUUACUUUCUUACUUUAGUUGAUGAUUACAGUAGGGCUGUGUGGGUUUUCCUUUUAAAAUCCAAGGCAGAAGCCAGACCUGUCUUACAAUCUUUUUGCACUAUGGUCCACACACAGUUCAAUGUUCCCAUUAAAACCAUCAGAUCAGAUCAAGGCAAAGAGUUUCACAUGCCAGAAUUCUACAGCACUCAUGGUAUUGUCCAUGAGAUGAGCUGUGUUUACACAGCACAGCAAAAUGGUAGGGUAGAACGCAAACACCAACACCUUUCGAAUGUGGCCAGAUCCCUGAAACUCCAAUCUGGUCUACCAUUGUCUUACUGGAGUGACUUUGUCCUCCAUGCUGCCUACCUCAUAAACAGAACACCAACUCCUGUCUUAAACCACAAAACCCCUUUUGAAAUGUUACACAAAGUGCCCCCAGAUUACAUGAGUUUAAAGGUUUUUGGUUGUUUGGCCUAUGCAACAGUGGUAGAAGGCCAUAAACAUAAGUUUGACCCUAGAGCUAAUCAAUGUGUUUUCCUGGGUUUACCAACUGGUAUUAAAGGUUUUAAGCUUCUUGACAUCAAUACUAAGAGAGUAUUUGUCAAUAGGGAUGUUAUUUUCUAUGAGGAUAUCUUGCCUUAUAGGCAUCCCAACUCCCUUCCAGAUUCUGGAACAGCUGAGAGUACUACUGAUCUCUUUCCUGUUCCCAUGUCUUCUCCAAGUUCAGAGGAUUCAAUUCGUCCUGAACCUCUACCCUUUGUUGAGCCUGAGUUAGCAGGGUUAUCUUCUCCACCUGCUACAUCUACCCCUCACACAUCACCUUCACCAGUUGUUUCACCUGCUGCAUCACCUUCUAGAUCUGCAUCCAGAUCUGUUCCAAGGUCUCCAUCACCACAUUAUACCCCUUCUUCUUCUCACCAUUUAUCACCACCAGUAGAGCAACUUAGGAAGUCCACUAGGCAAAGUGUGUUUCCAAAGAAGUUUAAUGACUUUUAUGUUGGUAGCAUGCAAGUCAAUGACUCUCCCAAGUCAGUACCCCUUGAUUUGCUGCAUCUUACUCCUCACCGGCAGCAUUUUGCACUCACAAUUGCUGCUGUUGUUAAGCCAUCCUCUUAUGCUGAAGCAGCACUUGACCCUAGAUGGAAUGCAGCAAUGACAGAUGAGAUCAAAGCACUUUAUGAGAACAAUACUUGGGAGAUCACUGGCUUACCCGAGGGAGUGAAGUCAAUUGGUAACAAAUGGGUGUACAAAGUUAAAUUUCUGCCCAGUGGAGUCAUUGAAAGGUUCAAAGCAAGAGUUGUGGCAAAAGGGUACACUCAAAUCUAUGGAAUAGAUUACUGUGACACUUUUUCUCCAGUGGCUAAACUAACCUCAGUGAAAAUGCUGCUAGCAAUUGCCUCCAUCCAGAAUUGGCAUUUGCACCAAAUGGAUGUUAGUAAUGCUUUUCUUAAUGGUGAUUUAGAAGAGGUUGUUUACAUGGAACUACCUGAAGGUUUGAGGGAGAAGCCAGAGUACAAAGGGAAGGUUUGCAAACUUAAGAAAUCACUUUAUGGUUUGAAACAAGCAAGUAGGAUGUGGUAUGCCAAGUUGACAGAAUCCUUACUUGCCAAAGGCUUCAAACAGUCAAAGUCUAAUUAUUCAAUCUUUCUUACUGAGAUUACAGGAAACCUUGUGGUUGUGAUUGUAUAUGUGGAUGAUAUACUGGUAAGCAGUCCAAAUCUUGAAGCUGUCAAUUUAGUGAAGAAGUUGUUGGGAUCACUAUUCAAAAUGAAGGAUCUGGGUGAAAUGAAGUACUUCCUGGGAUUAGAAAUCAACAGAACAGCAGCAGGAAUACAUGUUUCACAGAGGAAAUAUUGCAUAGAAUUAUUAAAGGAGGCUGGUUUUGAUGAGUGCAAACCAGCCAAGACACCAUCUAGUGUGAAGCAAGUUCUUUCUGCAGCAGAUGGUGAGCCAUACUUGAACAUCCAGAACUUCAAACAUCUACUUGGACAGUUACAAUAUCUAAACAGCACAAGACCAGAUAUCACAUUUGCAGUACAACAGUUGUGUCAAUUCCAGGACUCUCCUACAACUGUGCAUCUCAAGGCACUGCACAGGGUUUUCAGAUAUCUAAAGAACUCACCAGGACAGGGUGUGUUCUAUUCCAGCAAAGCAGCAAUUCAAUUAACAGGAUAUAGUGACUCAGAUUGGGCCACCUGUCCUGACACAAGGAGAUCCUUAACAGGUUUUUGUGUAUUUUUGGGAACUAGCCUGAUAAGUUGGAAGGCAAAGAAGCAGAGCACAGUCUCAAGAUCAUCAUCAGAAGCUGAAUACAGAGCAUUGGCACUCCUGAGUUGUGAAAUCCAAUGGCUAGUAAGGCUGCUCUCUGACUUUGGAAUCACUCAUUCACACCCAGCUAUUGUUUACUGUGACAGUCAGUCUGCAAUACACAUUGCAAGGAACCCAGUGUUCCAUGAGAGAACCAAACAUAUAGAGGUCGACUGUCAUGUGAUCAGGGAGCGCUUAGAAAGUGGUUUGAUCGAUUUACAUCAUGUUUCCACUAAUUAUCAAUUAGCAGAUGUUUUUACCAAGAGCCUGGGCAUUGACAGGUUCAACUUUCUCAUGAGCAAGCUGGGAGUAUCAGGACGAUACUCGCCAGCUUGUGGGGGCGUAAUGGAGAUCAUGACCAAUCCAGAUGGAGUAGUAGCAGCCUGCAGAAGCAAUGCCCUGAAGAACAAGGAGCUGCUGCUGUGAAGAACAAGGAAGAACACUCCCAGAUCAUUGAUGUAUAUAUAAGAACGAAACGGUGGCGUUCUAAUCUCAGCAAAAGAGCGAGUCCAGAACGCUGCCGUUUCCCUUGGUCUGUUCGCAAUGGAGAUAAGAAGGACGACGACCUUUAGCUAGGCCAGAACAAACAGUGUAAUUAGUUGAUUGAGAACACGUGCCUAACUAGGAGUGGGUAGUUUAAUUAGUUAGUUAACAUUUACUGUUUGUUAGCCGUUGCUUUACUUUCCUUAAUGUAUCUCUGUAAAUAUAUAUAUGGGCAAUCCAGAAAAGAAGAUCUCAAGCUUUUGAGCUCUCUUCACCAAACCCUAGCCGUUUUUCACUUUCUUCUUAAACUACGCCUCGUCGGAAUGGUGCUUGGACGAGCUCGUCACCAUUUUGUGCUGCAGUAGCAGCCGCGCCGGCCACGUGGCUAUCCCAAUCUUCUACCACCUGUCUCCGGCUGCUACAAGGAGGACUUGGAUCGGCACAAGCGUACGUUUACUUAUGAGAGAGUCAACGGCUGGCUCCGGGCGCUUGCAUGGAUCGUCGGUAUCGCCGGCUGGGUCGUUCCGGCAGCUGCAAGCGGCCGGUAGGUGAAGCUGAUUUAAUUAAGUUUUAAUCAAAAUCGUUAGUACGGCUGCAAAAUAUUACAAUUCGCAAAAAGAGUCUAUGCCAGCUGUAACGCAUCAUGGAUUUGCAUGUUCAAUAGGAAUAAUUUCAUAAAUACAUAUAAAAGUAAAAUAAAUUCCUAAACUACCAUACUUAUAAAAAAAAUUCCCAAAAUAUCUAAGUUUGGAGUGGUUCGAGUUUGAGAAACUCGAACUACUAACCGGUUCGAGUGUAGGAGACUCGAUCUAGUCGUAGAUCGAUUAUAUAAGCCUCGAACCAUGUGGGGCUGAAGUGGUUCGAGUUCAGUAAACUCGAACCACUCCUUUGAAAUUUCCAACAACCUUAACUUUGUGCUCGGUUAUCCGAUCGUAGCAAACUUGUUUUCAUUUUGCAUAACUUUUCGAGGACUACAACUUUCAUAAUAGAAAUAUUUUCAGAAUAUAUGUGAAAAUGUGAAAAUUAAAGAUAAAUUUACUCCAAACCCCCUUAUAUUUAAAAAUAUUCCUAUUUUGAAAAUUUAUUCCUUGUAAAUGUUGUAGUACUCAAAAAGUUAUGCAAGAUAAAUAAAUUUUUUUGGGACGUUCGGAUUGCGGAGCACAAAGUUAUGAUCCUCCAAAGUUUGAAAAAUUCAGAAAUUUGCUCGUUUAUGGGUAGCAAAUGACGUUUUCUCGGAAGAUAGCCAUCCAAAAAUUUAUCGUUUGGAAAAAUAUUUCUCUUUUGGCAGGAAUUCCCUAUAUAUAAAAAAUUUUCCCAUACCUUCGCUUCAAGAAAGCGUCAUUUGUUACCCCUAAACGAGCAAUUUUUCGAUUUUGUCAAACUUUAGAGGAUCAUAACUUUGUGCUCCGCAAUUCGAACGUCGCAAAGUUUUUUUUUAUUUUGCAUAAUUUUUUGAGUACUACAACAUUUACUAGGAAUAAAUUUUCAAAAUAGGAAUAUUUUUAAAUAUAAGGGGUUUUGGAGUAAAUUUAUCUUUAAUUUUCACAUUUUCACAUAUAUUCUGAAAAUAUUUCUAUUAUAAAAUUUGUAGUCCUCGAAAAGUUAUGCGAAAUGAAAAGAAAAGUUUGCUACGAUCGGAUAAUCGAACAAAAGUUAAGAUUGUGGAAAAUUUCGAAUGAGGUUCGAGGCUUAUAUCAUCGACCUACGACUAGAAGAGUCUACUACACUUGAACCGGUUAGUAGUUCAAGUUCCUCAAACUCAAACCACUCCAAACUUUGGUAUUUUGGGAAUUUUUUUUUAUAAAUGUAGUAGUUUAGG